CAUGAACUUAUUGGGACCUUAUGGGUCUGCUUCCUUUACCUCUCCAGCUUUGCACUUCAGGAACUGCAAGAGACAGAUACAGGCAUUGCUAAGUUUUAAAGGAAACAGCUUCGUGGAGACAGCAGAACAAAGGAGAUUGGCAGGCCAGCUGCUUUUGGGGAGAGAGAGAGAAAAGGAGAAAGCCUGAGAGGGGGCGAAAAAAGGAAAAAAAAAGCUUCCUGCUCCUUUAAAUCAGCUCAUCUGUGUGGCUGGGGCAGGGAAGUCUUUUUGGCUGUGUGAGGCAGUCUGCUUGUAACAGGCGGCUCGCUGACUGAUCUCACUAACAGGGCUUCUGUGUAAGCUGAGGCUAAACAAACACAGAUGGAGCCCUGUGUGCCUUCCCUAAAAAUGUUGGCAAUGCGGCAGGGACAUCAAAUGACACUCUGACUUGCACGGCACACAGUCCUACCAUGCCGGGAGAGGAGACCUGACUUUGGUCUCUGGGAAGCUUGCAAUUUUUAAUCUCUUCAAGUAAAGCCAAUAAAAAAAGGUAUCUCUUCAACUCCCCCGAGUGGCCACCGCAGGACGCUGUCCCUCAUGAGGAACCUCCAGAUCCUAGAGGAUCCCCAGUGGAAGGGCCACUGCAUCAAGGACAUCUCUGGUCUCAAGAGGCUGAAGAGGAAGAGCAGGGAGGUCAUCAAGCCAAUGAAUGGCUACCAAACUUUUAAAGUGGACUUGGACGUGGACUCCGGCUUAAAGGGGGGCGCUCUGCCGGGAGCCGGUGCCGAGCUGAUGGACGGGGCAGCCGAAGAGGGAACGGAGGAUGCUCUGGAUUUGAGGAGCGUGGCCGCCCCGGGGAACAAGGGCUUGUUGGCGACCGACAGCCUGGAGACGAAGCCCUACGGGGAUCAGAGGCUGCCGUCCAGGAUUGUGGUGUGCCAACGACCCCCAGAGACCUCCUACCUGUCAGUCUCUCAAGUCACCUACAACAACGGAAGCCCAGACCCCUGCUCAUCGCCUAGGAAACGGCUGGGGGAGCCAGCAGGCGCCUCUACAGAGAUCAAAGCCAUCCAGCAGACGAGGAGGCUGCUGGCUAAUGCCAGGGAGAGAACCAGAGUGCACACCAUCAGUGCAGCCUUUGAGGCUCUCAGGAAGCAGGUGCCUUGUUAUUCCUAUGGACAGAAGCUGUCUAAGUUGGCCAUCUUGAGAAUAGCGUGUAACUAUAUCCUGUCCCUGGCAAAACUGGCGGACCUGGACUACAGCGCCGAUCACAGUAACCUGAGUUUUUCUGAAUGUGUAGAGCAAUGCACAAGGACAUUACAGUCAGAGGGAAGGUCAAAGAAGAGGAAGGAGUGAUAUGCGGUAACAUCUGCUCCUCACAUCCCUACCAGCGAGGGUUCUCCACGCGGCCAGCCAUGGAUGGUAAAUUCUGAAGACGGCUUUUGGCAGAGACUCCUUACAAAGACAUCUGGAUAGAGAACUCAAGCACCGAGAUGCUGAAAGGCCAACCGGGCUGCUCAGUUUUAUCUCGCUGUACCUCCUCCGUUAGGCCGGAUAUCUUCAUGUCACCUCAUCGCACACUUAGUUUGAUGUUCUGCUGUCUUGCCAAAGAUUUACUGAAGCUUUGUGUUGAUUGUCCUAAUUUGCUGGACUUGUUCUCCUGAGAAAGCCAAGCCUUAUGUAAGACUGAUUCACAGAAUAUCAUAUUUAUUGCAUCCUUAUUUCCCCAGAACACAGCUCUGCUAACCAGCGAAAAAGGGCGUUAUUUAAACCUGCUUCUGCCGUUAUGAGAAAAGCAGACGUCUCUCUAUGCAUUUGCAAACAUAUGGGGAAGCCACAUGCUGUUUUCAAGCUGUCUCUGGGUUUGUGAUCCGGCUAUCAUUGAGACUUGAAUACUAAUGCCGAAACUGAGAGGUUACUACAACCUUCCCUAAAGGUACUGUGAAAGCCAGAAGCCCAGGGUAGCCGAUGGCCCUGUGUAUGUAUACAUAGCAAAAUAAAGGCAGAAAAACGUCA